AUGGCGCCUUUCCGUGCAGAACAUAUGGGCUCGCUCCUGCGGCCUCAGGAGCUCCUCGACGUGCGAGAGGCCAUCCGCGAGAAGGGGCUCAGUGAGGAGCAGGCUGGCCUUCCUACCGUCGAGGAGAAGGCGGUCGGGCAUGUGGUCAAGCUUCAGCAAGACCUUGGCUUCAAGGCUGUCACGAGUGGUGAAUACAACCGCACUAGGUUUUGGGGUCUCAUGUGGGACGAGUUUGAGGGCACUAUCCGUCUCCAGGACGCCGAGGCAUCCAUGUUCCGUCUCUAUCACCCAGACGUCGUCAGCUUGAUCGAGCAAGACCGCAAGGUCAUGCCGGGAGACUCGGUCAUUGCCGGCUCAAAGCUGUCUUACAACCCAGCAAAGUCGGUCUCUAACCUCCAUGAGCUCCGCCUGGUCCAAAAGUUUGUGCCCGAGAGCGAGUGGGGCGACAUCAAGCUCACAAUGAUCACUCCUGCCUGGUUCCACAUGAGAUAUAAGCAAGGCCGAGCCUACACCAAGGAGGCGUACGCUAACGAUGCCGAGUACUUUGAUGACGUUGCAAAGGUGUACCAGGCCGAGCUUGAUGUUCUGUACAAGGCUGGCCUCAGAAAUGUCCAGUUUGACGACCCUGGCCUUGCUUACUUUUGCUCCGACAAGUUCCGUCAAGGAUGGGAGGAGGACAAGGACAACAUUGGCACGGUGGAUGAUCUUUUGGACGCUUACAUCAAGCUCUACAACGACUCCAUCAGCAAGCUCCCCGCUGACUUUCACACCGGUGUGCAUCUCUGCCGAGGCAACUUUAUCGGCGGCCGCCACUUUGCCGAGGGCGCUUAUGAUAUCAUUGCCCAGAAGUUGUUCACCGAUCUCAAGGUCAACACUUUCUACCUCGAGUACGACACCGAACGUGCUGGCGGUUUUGAGCCUCUGAAGUACCUCCCCAAGGAUCGACAUGUGGUCAUUGGUGCCAUCAGCACCAAGCUGCGUGAUCUGGAAGAUAAGGAGGAAAUCAAACAGCGCAUCUACAAGGCCGCCGACUUCGUGGCUGAAGGCAGUAGACAGACACGUGAGGAGGCUCUUAAGCGCAUUGCCCUGAGCCCUCAGUGCGGCUUCAGUACCCAUGAGACAGGCUACCCCCUCAGCGAGGAGGACGAGAAGAAGAAGUUGGCACUUGUUCGCCAGAUUGCUGAUGAGGUUUGGGGAGAAGCGUAA